AUGACGAUACUUCCGGUAUUGCUCGGCACGCUCGGGGCUUUAAUCGCCGCCCAGGAUACGAAAACCAUGGUGUUCCCGUCAAACGGAAAUGGCACGUCUUUAGAGAUGGGAGGUAAAAUGGAGCCGGCAACCUAUCAACCGGAUAUGACGCGGACAGCAGUCCCUACGACCCUCGUCGUGCCGCCGCAGCCGCAGCCGCAGCCGAUGCUGCCCUCGGAUUACUUUUUCCCCAUGCCCCAAGCAACGUUUCUGCAUCAUAGAAGCGAAAACAUGCCGUAUGGAUACGAAUAUCCUAACAUUGGAUAUCCAAUGGCACACUCGAUAGACCAUUCCGUUGUUCCAUCAUCGAAACAACUUGUAGUAGUCAGUUUCAUCGGUCUCCUAUUGCUUUUGGCGAUUAUACAAAACACGCUUAGCGCUACUAAGCGAAAAGAUGCGAUAAUGGACCUGUUAUCAUCCAGGCAGAAACGGGAUGUCUAUGCUACGCGUGAUUUUCGUUCAGUGACCCCGGAGGAGGAGGAGAUUCUUAAUAACGAUGCUAGAGUACGAUGCGUACAGAGGACGAUCUGUCUUGAGAAUCGCAAGCUCUUUAAGGAUUUGGGAGUGUCGGGAAAAAUAUUGGCGAAGCACUUGACGAGAGAUAUAGAAAAAUCAUUCAAGUCACCUUCAGGUUGGGAUCGUCUUGUGAGGGAUGCAGGUGCAGCGGGAAUUCGGGGAGACGAUUGCGAUGUACUUUAUAGAGAUUGCGUAGACAUUCCAGUGACAAGAAAAAUGCAUAAGAUUUCAGACAACGUCUUAACAGAUAUUAAGAAUCGUGAUAAAUUUGAUUCAAUUCGUUAAUUGUCAAAAGAGCUAUAUAUAUAAAAUAUCACUUAUUUAUAAACUUAAUUCUGUAAAAUUAAAUUAUAUAUCUAUUGUUUUAUAUCGAGAGAUGAAAAAAUUAAUAAUAUUUAAAAAUUAAUAUUUGUACCCCUCUCCUAUAAAUAAGAAUAUAAU